UGUCCGGCCAGGGUGGUUGGUGGUGAGGAUUCAGGCUCCGUCCCGACGAGGCCGUGGCCUGAGGCUCAGGGCGCCCCAGCCCCUCCCUCCCAGCCCACCAGUGUCCACCCCCAGCUCCGAGCUGGACCGCACACCUUGGGACACGGUGUUCCACUUCCUGAGGACGAGCCCCAGGCUGGAGGACAGGUCCGAGGAGGUGAGCGUGGGACUCUUCGCGAGGACGCCGGCGGCGGGCCCCGGGGAGGCGGCCGAGGCGGCGGCGGCCGGGGGCGACAUGGCGGAGGAGCAGGACCUCUCCGAGGUGGAGCUGAGCCCCGUGGGCUCCGAGGAGCCCCGCUGCCUGUCCCCGGGCAGCGCGCCCUCGCUGGGGCCCGACGGCGGCGGCGGGGGAGCGGGCCUGCGAGCCAGCCCGGGGCCGGGAGAGCUGGGCAAGGUCAAGAAGGAGCAGCAGGACGGCGAGGCGGACGACGACAAGUUCCCCGUGUGCAUCCGCGAGGCCGUCAGCCAGGUGCUGAGCGGCUACGACUGGACGCUGGUGCCCAUGCCCGUGCGCGUCAACGGCGCCAGCAAGAGCAAGCCGCACGUCAAGCGGCCCAUGAACGCCUUCAUGGUGUGGGCGCAGGCGGCGCGCAGGAAGCUGGCCGACCAGUACCCGCACCUGCACAACGCCGAGCUCAGCAAGACGCUGGGCAAGCUCUGGAGGCUGCUGAAUGAGAGUGACAAGCGCCCCUUCAUCGAGGAGGCCGAGCGGCUCCGGAUGCAGCACAAGAAGGACCACCCGGACUACAAGUACCAGCCGAGGAGACGGAAGAACGGGAAGGCGGCGCAGGGGGAGUCAGAGUGCCCCGGCGGGGAGGCCGAGCAGGGCGGGGCGGCCGCCAUCCAGGCCCACUACAAGAGCGCCCACCUGGACCACCGGCACCCGGGAGAGGGCUCUCCGAUGUCGGACGGGAACCCUGAGCACCCCUCAGGCCAGAGCCAUGGCCCCCCCACCCCUCCGACCACCCCAAAGACAGAGCUGCAGUCGGGGAAGGCAGACCCCAAGCGGGACGGGCGCUCCAUGGGGGAGGGCGGAAAGCCUCACAUCGACUUCGGCAACGUAGACAUCGGGGAGAUCAGCCACGAGGUAAUGUCCAACAUGGAAACCUUCGAUGUGGCUGAGUUGGACCAGUAUCUGCCACCCAACGGGCACCCGGGCCACGUGGGCAGCUACUCAGCAGCUGGCUAUGGGCUGGGCAGCGCCCUGGCUGUGGCCAGUGGACACUCCGCCUGGAUCUCCAAGCCGCCAGGCGUGGCUCUGCCCACGGUCUCGCCACCUGGUGUGGAUACCAAAGCCCAGGUGAAGACGGAGACCGCAGGGCCCCAGGGGCCCCCGCACUACAGCGACCAGCCGUCCACCUCGCAGAUCGCCUACACCUCCCUCAGCCUGCCCCACUACGGCUCCGCCUUCCCCUCCAUCUCCCGCCCCCAGUUUGACUACUCUGACCAUCAGCCCUCAGGACCCUACUACGGCCAUUCAGGCCAGGCCUCCGGCCUCUACUCGGCCUUCUCCUACAUGGGGCCCUCACAGCGGCCCCUCUACACGGCCAUCUCUGAUCCCAGCCCCUCAGGGCCCCAAUCCCACAGCCCCACACACUGGGAGCAGCCAGUAUAUACGACGCUGUCCCGACCUUAAAGGGGCCCUGUCACAUCCCCCCAGCCCCUGGCUAGUAUGCCCUUCCCAAGCCCUCGCACCCAGUUCCUGGCCCAUCUUUGUCCUGGUGGUGGCUGGGGAGGAGGCGGCAGAGGCUGACAGCUGAGGGGAGGCUUUCUGUCGGGCUCACUGCCUUUGAUGACCCCACCCCAUCCUGUCCAGGCUCAGCCCAGGCAAAGCCCUAGACUUCUAGGCUGGGCAGAGGAGGAGGAGGUUGGUUUUUGCCCCUAGACUGGACCAUGAGGGGCUGCACCUUCCCCCCAGGAUGACCCUCCAUCCCAGGACCUGAGAAGGACCUGAUCACCCUCUGGGAGGGGGAAGCACCCAGGGUCGGCUGGGAAUCAGAGGCCUUGCCAUUCCUGUGACUGUGUUUCCUCUUUCGUGGAGGAGAGGUCUGACAUAACCCGUGCCACCUGUGCCACGUGCCUAAGGUCAAGGCCAUCCCUGCAUCAGUGCCUGGAGUGGGCUAUGUCUGCCCCUUGGGGGCUGGGGACAGCUUUGAACAGCCUCUGAGAGUGUGGAGGUGGGUGGGGACUCAGUGGGGGGAACCCCCCCAAGCCCCCCUUCCCUCCUGAACACAGAAAGGAAUCAACUUAGAGACCCCAGAUCCAGUUCUAUGCCAACAGCCUGAUUUUUCGUCUAAUCGGAAAGAGGGCCCAGGGCCUCCUCCACUACAGCCUCCCAGACCUUGAGGCACAUCCGGGAGGUGAGGAAAGGAUUGGAGACAAUGCACAGAGCCUUCCUCCUGGCUCUCCGCCAGCUCCCUCUCCCCUCACCAGGCUCUGUGGCCCCUGCUCUCGGCCCCACUCCUGGGCUCCCAGAGAGCUAUGCUGCUCGUGCCCAAACCCUUGGCUCCAGGAGGACAAGGGGCCCAGCACCAGGUUGCUAGCAGCAGCUGAAGACACUAAACUCCUGCCAUGUACAUUCUGCCCUGGCCUUUUGCCCUUUGCUUCCCAGUGGUAUCUGAAUAAAGUAUGUAGCUCUGUCUGCCCCUAUGUUCCUGUUCUGCAGCCCCCACAAUCCACAUGUAACUCAUUACUACCCCCUCUUAUUUAUCUCAGUAGCUCCUCCUCCCCUCCCCCCGCUCCUAGGUUCUCCAGCUCGUAUUAACUCUGCAUUAAGUAUUCCCGUAAUAAAAGUAAAGGUUCCAGCUA